AUGAACUCGUUCUACUACGACGGCGUCCUUGACGCUUUCAAGACCCCCGAUGUCGGCAUCCCCCCCAUCCCCCCUCACCUCAAGCACCCCAUUGAGUCGACUCAGUGGGGUCACACCUACCUCUGGGCCGUCUUCUUCAUCAUGGCCGGUUUCUCCGUUCUCUUCUUCAUCUCGUCCCAGCGCGCUUCUUACCGAUACCGUCUCAUGCACACCACCACCUUCUUCAUCACUGCUAUUGCCGCCGCCUCUUACUUUGCCAUGGCCACUGGUGUCGGCAAGACCCUGACCACCAUCGGCGAGGGCCACCACAACGCUCCUCGCGAGUUCUUCUUUGCUCGAUACAUCGACUGGGCUUUGACCACCCCUCUGCUCCUCUUCGACCUGACUCUCCUCGCUGGUCUCCCCGUCGCCGAGAUCAUCGUCCUUGUCCUCGCUGACGAGUUCAUGAUCGUCACCGGUGUCAUUGGCGGUGUCCACCCUACCAACGUCGGCAAGUGGGGCUUCUUCACCUUCUCGUGCGUCGCCUUCGCCUGGGUCCUCCUCCAGCUCGUCACCUCGGGCCGCCAGACCGCCUUCCUGCGCAGCCCCAAGGUCGGCGGUCUGUACAACCAGAUCUCGCUCGCCCUCGUUGUUGUCUGGACCGCCUACCCCGUCGCCUUCGCUCUCUGCGAGGGUACCGGCAAGCUCAGCCCCGACAACGAGAUCCUCUUCUUUGCUAUCCUCGAUGUCAUUGCUAAGCCCAUCUGGGGUGCCUGGUUGCUCCUCGCUACCCCCGAUGAGGGACACGUGCUCGUGCCCGAGUCGCUCUGCGCCCCCGCUGGCUCGCCUGCUUCGGGCGGCUACGGCGCCAUUUCCCAGGAGCCCCGUGCUGAGGACGCCUAA